GAUCCAGGAACCACCAUGGACUCCCGAGCGGCUGGCUGCCCGACGUGGCGGGUGAUGCUGCUUCUGCUGCUCCUGUUUGGGGUUCGUAGAGCCAAUGGGGGAGACUGCAAGGGGGAGCGGCAAGUGUUGCGCAAUGCCUCCGGAUACGUGACUGACGGGCCAGGCAAUUACUCUGUCAAUGGGAACUGCGAGUGGCUGGUGGAAGCCCCCAGUAGCAGCUACCGCAUCCUCUUGACCUUCAUGUUCAUGGACACCGAAUGCACCUAUGACUACCUCUUCAUUUACGAUGGAGAUUCCCCCAGCAGCCUCCUGUUGGCCAGCCUCAGUGGCAGCACCCUACCCCCCACCAUCGAAGCCACCUCCGGCAAGAUGCUGCUACAUCUGUUCAGCGAUGCUAACUACAAUCUGCUGGGCUUCAACGCCACCUACACAGUAUCGCUGUGCCCGAUGGGCUGCUCAGGGCACGGAAGCUGCGACAACGACGGGCGCUGCAACUGCUUCCCAGACUGGGGAGGCGAAGAUUGUUCGAUGCCCGACUGCGCCACCUAUUGUCAGAACCAUGGGACUUGCAGCCGGGACACCAGGCGCUGUCAGUGUGAGCCAGGUUUCGUGGGGCAGGCCUGCGACCUGGCGCUGAGCGAGAACCAAGGAGCCGGCAAAUGGUACAACGUGAGCGCCGAGGAUCCCAGCUUCCGGGCCCGCACGGCUGCUGCUGGUGCAUUCCUGUCCUCUACCGGAGGACUGUAUAUCUUUGGAGGCCUGGAUCUAAACACAGCCCUGGGCGACCUCGUCUUCUAUAACUUCACCACCAACGUCUGGCAUCAGCGGGUUCUCAGUCCCUCUCCAUCUGCCCGCCACUCCCACACCGCCGUGGCUUGGGGGGGCUUCCUGGUGCUCUUCGGGGGCGAGCUGUCCAGCGGCUCACUUGCUAACGAUGUCUGGAUGUACCUGCCGCGGGAGGGGCGCUGGCAGGAGCUGCUGCCCGCCAACAUCACCUGGUCUUCCAUGCCCCCUGGACUAGCUGGCCACGCCUCUGCCGUGGUGGAUGAGUGGCUUUACGUUUUUGGAGGGCGCACUUCGGUAGACGUCUUCUCCUCCCAGAUGUACCGCUUCCACCUCCGGACAUGGUUCUGGGAACUGGUGAUGCCCUCGGGGGGCAAGGCACCCGCAGCUGCUGGCCAUUCCAUGGUGUUCCAUCUGGCUUCCCGCACCCUCUUGGUUUAUGGCGGGCACCGGCCUUCUACUGCCCGGUUCAGUGUGCGAGUUAACACCACCGACCUUUUUCACGUGGACCUUCGUUAUUGGAGUACAUUGCGUGCCAAAGAUCCACACCGGGGCCCUCGGGAGAGGGCGUUUCAUUCCGCCACGGUCAUUGGCAACUACAUGGUAGUGUAUGGGGGCAACGUGCACAUCCACUACCACGAAGAGAAGUGCUAUGAGGACGAAAUCUUCUUCUACCACCUGGGCUGCCACCAGUGGGUCUCUAGCCACGAGCUGGCUCAUCAGAUCCCCCAGGAGCGGGAGGCCAAGGUUCAAGCUCAGGCUCGAGGCCGGUACUCCCACAUAGCAGCUGUGAUGAACGGGACCGUGUUGCUUGUUGCCGGAGGCUACAGUGGUGUGCCCCGGGGUGACCUGCUGGCUUACAAGGUGCCCACCUUCGUCUUCCAGGUGCCGUCUCUGAUGUACCAUCUGGAUUACUGCUCCAUGUACCGGGAGAAGAACACAUGUACCAAGGAUCCGGAAUGUGCCUGGUGGAGAAAUGUUUGUCAGAGCACCCAACCCCCACAGCGGCAUUCUCAGUGCCCCAACCCCGGUUGCCUGGGCUUGGCUCGCCUAUUGGUUGACUGCCAGUCUUGCCUGGCCUUUGGCAGCACCAAUGUUUCUCUGCCCCGUGCCCCGGGCCCCUUCGGCUGGUGUGUGCAGAACGAGACUUGCAUGCCUCUCUCGGAGCAGGGUAGAUGCCAGGUGGAGAAGAUCCUGGGCACUUUUGGCUGGUGGGGGCCUCAACCCAACUUCGUCACUUCCUUGGCACAGUGCCGGCGCGAGAGCUUCCUGCCCGGCCUCCACUUCAUCACCUACCAGCAGCCGCGCAACGAUUCCCAGCCUGAUAAGGUCUUGAUCAUCCGCAGUACCACCAUCACCCUGAACCCCAGCACGGAUACGGACGUCUCUCUGGUCUACAAGGGCUUCAUCCACCCGCUGGUGAAUAACCCGGCCUCCACCGAGGACAUCUCCAUCUGGGCACGCAUCCAGCGCCUCUUUGUGGUGGCCAAACUUGGCAAGAGCCCUGGCACGUUGGAGCUGGAGGAGGUGGGCCGCUGGGCCGUACAACAAGACAACAACAAGCGGCUGCUCCAGCGCCCCGGGGCUGAGCGCCUCUUCCCCAACACCGAAAGGGGCAACAAGUACGCCGUGCUGGUCGAAGGCCACUUCAAUAAUUCUGGCAACGGGCAGACGAGCGAGCUGACCCUCACCUGGGACCGUACAGGAGUGCCAGGGGGCAGUGAGAUUUCCUACUUCUUCCUGGAGCCCUACCGCUCGGAGAUGUGCGCCACGUACCACUCAUGCUUGGCUUGCCUGGCUGACCAGGGGUGCGGCUGGUGCCCACUCAGCGCCACCUGCCACCGACGCCUGGCACAGAAAGACGACGCUGGGGCCUGUGGCACUGACACAGUGCGCCUCAUCCUGGUGCCGACCAACUGCAUCCUGUGCGAGGAUUACCGCGACUGCCACGCCUGCAGCAAGGAUCCAUUCUGCGAAUGGCAGGUCAACAGCAGCAAGAAGGGGGACUUCCUCUGCAGUCGCCGAGGCCGGCUGGGCAGCGCGAUCCGCUCUCCGCAAGAGUGCCCCAAACUCUGCAAUCAGCGCACCACCUGCUCCGAGUGCCUCUCCAACUCCAGUCAAUGUGCCUGGUGCCAGUCGACGCGCAACUGCUUCUUCUUUGCUGCCUACCUGGCCAAGUACCCUUACGGGGACUGUCGCGGCUGGUACGACAGUGUCCACUCUGUGCCCCAGUGCCUUGACUGCACCCGCUUCAACACCUGCCGGGAAUGUCUGCAGAACUUCGAGUGCGGCUGGUGUGGAAACUCAGACAACCCAACCAUCGGCAGGUGCCUCCCGGGGGAUUUCUCAGGCCUGAAGUCCUUCCUGAACUGCUCGGUGGCUCUGUGGGAUUCUCAUGGCCUGCCUCCCACCCACCCCGCCCAGUGGUCCUACGGGCAGUGCCCCGACGUGGAUGAGUGCCGUUUGGGCCUGGCCAACUGCCAUCCUUACGCCAGCUGUAAGAACACGCCGGACUCUUUUGAGUGUCACUGCAACAGAGGCUACGCGGGCGACGGUGUGGCCUACUGCAACCAGACCUGCUACGACGAAUGCGCCCACGGGGAGUGCAGCGGUACCCCCAACUUCACCUGCGUGUGCGACCUGGGCUGGACCUCCGAGCCGGGCAUGGAGACCUCCAACGACAGCUCCAGCAGGGUGCAGUGCAACGUGGACUGCGGCUGCCACUUCCACAGCCGCUGCGCAGCCCAGGGGCCCGGGGUUUGCGACGAGUGCCAGAACUGGACGCAUGGCGAACGCUGCCACCUUUGCCGGCCGGGCAGCUACGGGAACGCCACGCACCAGGGGGGCUGCCGGGAGUGCGCCUGCAACGGGCACGGCCUGGAGGAGAUGGGCUUUUGCCAUGGAGCUACGGGGGUCUGUUACUGCGCCCCUCCCACCGAGGGGCUGCACUGUGAGCGCUGCGCCUCAGGCUACUACGGGGAUCCCAGAAACAAGGGCGUUUGCUACCAAGAGUGCACGGGACGCACCCUGCUCACCAACCUCUCUGCUUCGUCUUCGCUGAGCUCUCAGCGGGCCGGGGGACCCCCGCCGGGCGGGCUUUCCUACUGCGUCUGGGUGCUGUCGGCCAACGAAGGCAUGGCGUCCUGUCGUUCGGAGCAGACCUGCCCGACCAUCACUCUCACGAUCCAGCCUGACACCCUCUGCAUGACCAGUUACGUCUAUGCCUUCGACGGUCUGCCUGACUUCCUGAACACAGGCCUGAUCCAGAUGGACCGCACGCUGAUUGGAGCCUUCUGUGGCCAGGGUCAUCCUCGACCCGUCACAGUGGAAGCUCUCUCGGGCCUGCUGGUCAUCUACUACGAGGCCAACUCCAGCGAGUCUUCGGGCUUCAACGCCACUUACACGGUGCACCGCUGCCGGCCGAGCUGCCACGCCAACCAGGAGUGCCAGGAAGGGCGUUGCGUCUGCAAGGGCAGCUUCACGGGACCCAACUGCCAGUUCCGGAUCUGCCCGGGCAACUGCAGCGCCCACGCCGGCCAAGGGGUUUGCAACAGGAGCCUGGCGCUGUGUGUCUGUAAUGAGGGGUUUGCGGGCGCAGACUGCUCCGUCCCACUAGACGCCGGCAAGAUCGUCUGGGAGACCCUGAUUGACACCCAGCUGACGGCGGAUACAGCCAGCCGGUUCCUGCAUCGUUUGGGUCACACCAUGGUGGAAGGACCGGAUUCCACACUUUGGAUGUUUGGGGGCAAUUCGCUGCGAGAAGGGAUGCUGGGUAACGUGUACAGAUACUCCAUUGCUGAACGCCGGUGGACACAGAUGCUGGCCGGAACAGAGGACAGGGGCCCGGGUCCCUACCCUCGCUACUUCCACGCAGCUGCCUACAUCCCCUCCAGCAAAGCCAUGUACGUGCUCGGGGGGUUGACGGCCGAUGGGGUGGCCAGCGAUUUCUGGCUGCUGAACCUCACCACCUUGCAGUGGCGACUCGUGCAGGACCCCCUGAUCCCGGCUGUGGCGGGACACACGCUCACAGCCCUCCAGGGGUCGUCCUUGCUUCUGAUUGGUGGCUAUUCUCCAGAGAAUGGCUUCAACAAGAAACUCCUGGAAUAUAAUGUGGCAUCGGAGAGUUGGCACGCCGGGAACCAGGCUGGGACGCCCCCAACAGGUCUGUACGGGCACUCAGCGGUCUACCACGAAGGCACCGACGCCAUCUAUGUCUUCGGCGGCCACCGCUUCCACGUGGAGAUGGUUUCGGCAUCCCCGGAGCUCUAUAGCCUUUAUUACCCCAACCUGACUUGGAGCCUCCUGGCCCCCUCUCAGGGCCCAAAGCCUCUGGCUCACUUCUUCCACGUGGCGGCCGUCUUGAAGGACACCAUGGUGGUGAUCGGGGGCCGCACGGAGCGCGAGAACUUCACCAACCACCUCUUCUUCUACCAGCUGAACUGCAACACUUGGAUCCUGCCCAACAGCACAGCAGAAGCAGUGGUGGGGCAGCCCAUCAUGGAGUCCAUCGCCCACGCCGUGGCUGCCGUCGGGGGCCGGAUAUACCUCUCUGGGGGCUUCAACGGUGUGGCGCUGGGGCGGAUGGUGGCUCUCUCGGUGCCCUCCGACCCAUGCCUCAUCUUCUCCGGCCCUGAAGCCUGCAACGGGUCCGGGGCCAGCUGUACGUGGUGCCGAGCCAGCUGCCUCUCUGCGGAUACUGCUGAGAGGCUGGGCUGUUCCUUCGGGGGGGCCUCCUGCUUCCCCACCCCUCGGUCUGCGGACGAGUGUCGUCGGCUCAGAACGUGCAGCGAGUGCCUCGCCCAGCAUCCCCGGGCCAUGGCCCACAGCCUGGGGAUCCCAGCCUUACCCCAGUGCAAGUGGUGCACCAACUGCCCCGAGGGGGCCUGCAUCGGCAGCACAGGCAGCUGCACCUCGGAGAACGACUGCCGCAUCAACCAGCGUGAGAUCUUCGUGGCCAGCAACUGCUCGGAGAUCUCGUGCGAGGCCUCGGACUGCGCCAAGUGCACGGCCUCAGGGAAGUGCAUGUGGACCCGGCAGUUCAAGCGCACCGGGGAGACGCGGCGCAUCCUGAGCGUCCAGCCCACCUACGACUGGACCUGCUUCAGCCACUCGCUCCUCAAUGUCUCCCCAAUGCCCGUGGAGUCCUCGCCCCCCCUGGCCUGCCCCACGCCCUGCCACAACCACACCACCUGCGAGGAGUGCCUCAGCUCCAAGGGGGCCGACGGCGGCUGGCAGCAGUGCGUCUGGAGCAUCAGCCUUCGGCAGUGCAUGAGCCCCACGUACCUGCCCAUGCGCUGUGCGGCCGGGAUGUGCGGCCGGGUGCUGAGUGGGGCCGAGAGCUGCUCCCCGUCCUGCUCCCAGUUCCAGCAGUGCGCCCUCUGCAUCCAGCAGCCUCGAUGCGGGUGGUGCGGCCUCUGGGGCGAGAACGGCAAAGGGCGUUGCAUAGAGGGUGGGCUGAGCGGCCCUCGCUACGCGCAGCCGCAGCUGUGCGACAUGGAGGCGGACUGGGCCUUCAUGGCAUGCCCUCCCGAGAACGAGUGCCGGAACGGGCACCACGACUGCAACGAGACGCAGAACUGCAACGACCUGCCCCAGGGCUACCAGUGCACCUGCAAGAACGGAUACAUGCUGGACAACGUGACGGGGCUGUGCAAGCCGGUGUGCGAGCAAGGCUGCGUGAAUGGGACCUGCGUGGAGCCCAACUCUUGCCAAUGCCACUUCGGCUACGUGGGGCAGAACUGCUCGGUGGAGUGUCAGUGCAACAAGCACAGCAACUGCCGGGGCGUGGAGGCGCAGGAUCAGUGCCUGGCCUGCUUCAACAACACUAUGGGAGAACACUGUGAGAAGUGCCAGCCGCUCUUUGUCGGCUCCGCCUUGAAUGGGGGCUCCUGCCGCCCCUGCCAUGCCUUCUGCCGGGGCAACAGCAACGUCUGCAUCACGCAGGAGGAGUACGAGCGAGCCCGCCGGGACCCCGCCCGCUACCCGCUGGACCCGGCCUUGAUCCCCAAGUGGGUGGCGGAGGGUCCCGCCGAGGAUGCAGCCGUCUGCGUGAACUGCCAGAACAACAGCUUUGGGGAGAAGUGCGAGAGCUGCCUGCACGGAUACUUCCUGCUGGAGGGGAAAUGCACCAAGUGCCAGUGCAACGGCCACGCUGACUAUUGCAACGAACUGGAUGGGACGAACUGCCCCUGCCAGAACAACACGGAGACCGGACCGUGCCAGAACAGUGCCCAGUCUGACAAAAAGGACUGUUAUAAAUACCAGUGCGCCAAAUGCCGCGAGUUCUUCCACGGGAACCCAGUCGGCGGGCACCAGUGCUACCGGCUGAUCAUCGUGGACCAGGAGAGCUGCUUCGACCCCACCUCCCAAGCCAACUGUUUCCACGAACCCAACAUCAAGAACCUGCCGCUGGGCCGCACCGUCUUCUUCAGCGUCCAGCCCAAGUUCACCAACGUGGACAUCCGCAUCACCAUCGACGUGACGUUCGGCGGCGUGGACGUCUACAUCUCCACCUCCUUUGAGACGUUCAUCGUGGACGUGGACCCGCUCGCGGGCAUGCACUCCGUGCGGGUGGUGUCGCCGGCCGACGAAGCGGGAGGGCGCGGCGGGCUCAACAACGGGAGCCAGCCCUCCCUGCCCGUGCAAGAGAGGCGCACCCACGGCCUCAUCACCUACAUCACCGUGCGGGCCCAGCAUUCCGUGCUGAUUGUCCGAGGCGUCCGAGACCGGGUCGUUAUCACCUACCCCCACGAGAUCCACGCCCUCAAAUCCAGCCGGUUCUACAUCGUCCUGCUGGGGAUCGGCGGGGCCAGCCCCAACUUCACGGAGUCCCAGGGCUUGCUGUCCUUCCGGCAGGACCAGGCCCACAUCGAUCUCUUCGUCUUCUUCUCCGUCUUCUUCUCCUGCUUCUUCCUCUUCCUCUCCGUCUGCGUCCUGCUCUGGAAGGUGAAGCAGUUCCUGGACCUGAGGCACGAGCAACGGCGCCACCUGCAGGAGAUGACCAAGAUGGCCAGCCGGCCUUUUGCCAAGGUCACCAUUUACUUCGAGCCGGACGCCCUGGGGGCGGCCGCCGAGCUCAUCUUCUUGCCCGCCCGCCCUCACAAGCACCCCGUGCUGGCUGCUGCCCAGCCCCUACCGAGCCGCCUGAAACCUUACCACGAGGUGCCCUAUCCGGUCGCCCACUUCCGCCGCUCGGAGCCCUUCCUCUCCCACCUCAUGGGCUACUCCUACUCCAGCUUCCGAGUGGGGCCCAUCACCUUGGAGCCCACGGACGAUGGCAUGGCGGGGGUGGCCACCGUCCUCUUCCAGCUGCCGGGAGGGCCCCAAGCUCCGAACCGGGCCUGCCUCGGCUCAGCCCUCGUCACGCUGCGCCACAACCUCCAAGACUACUGCAGCAGCAGCCACGGAGUCAGCAGCUCCCGCAAAGGCAUCCUCAGCCACGAGAACCUCACGAGCAUGUCCCUAUGAACCACUGAGGGGGGAGGG